CUGGGGGAACCUUUCUUUUUUUUCUUUUUAACCAAAAUAUGGCUAUACACAGAGAAGGAAUAACAACCGAAACCCAUGAUUGGACCAUGAUCAAGGCCUCGUCUUUGAUAAAGGAUCAAAAAGUGAUUACAAUCGAUGGCUCUUUACCAGUAGAAGAAGCUUGUAAUUUGCUUAUCGAAAACAAUAUCACGUCAGCUCCUGUUUAUGAAUCUAACGUGAAGGAAGUAAACGAGACAACUAUUGUUCAUCCAAGAUCAUAUGUUGGUAUGUUUGAUUAUGGCGAUGUUAUCGCUUAUAUCUUGCUCGUAUUACAAAAUAUGCCACCACCAGGUGAUGACGAAGCACAAGAAAGCAUGAAUUUCGAAAUAAAAGAUAUUAUUCGUCGAGCUGUUGAAGGAAGAGAGGUCCCGGUCAGAUUAGCCAGUGAUUUAUCACAAAAGAACCCUUUUUAUUCAAUUCUUCCUGAGGCUACCUUGUUAUCUGCAGUAGAAGAAUUUGCUUAUGGUAUACACAGAGUCUGUGUACUUAAUCCUGACGGAUCAAUCAAGGGUAUAUUGUCACAAUCUAAUGUCGCUCGAUAUCUUUAUACGAAUCAACGAAACUUUUCGGAUAUUGAGCGUGUCAUGAAUAAGACACUACGUCAGCUGGGCCUUGGUGUAUCGGAUGUCAUUGCUGUCAAUGCAGAUUCACCCGUGCUUGAUGCUCUUUCUCUCAUGAGCAAGUAUGGCGUAUCAUCUGUUGCGGUGAUAGGCCAUAUGGGUAUGGUACUUGGAAAUAUAAGCAUGACUGAUGUCAAGUUUGUUAUGAAAAGCUACAAGCAUCAGCUUUUAUGGAAGACUUGCUUUCAAUUUGUUAGCCUUGUUCGCACACAACAAGGCGUCGAGGAUGGCCAGGACCGGAUACCUGUUUUUGAUGUACGUCUAGAUACAACACUGGGAUUCACUGUAGCUAAGCUAUUAGCUACUAAAUCACAUCGCGUAUGGGUUGUGGAUGAAAGAGAGAAAGCGAUCGGCGUUGUCUCUCUUACAGAUGUGAUGCGUGCUAUUGCAGCCAACAGUGGUAUAGAGAUUAAGCCGUUACAAAAGGGAAAGGAUAUAGAAAAGCAAUAAAAACUCAGUUGUAGUACUAAAACUGUAAACAAUAAGGUUAUUUUAUUAUGGCAGCUUUCUUUUUCUUUUUAUCUCUUUCUUCGUUUUCCCCUUCUCUUUUUCUUCCCCUUUUAUUAUUAUUAUUAUUAU